AUGAAUUUCUUAAAAAAAUUCUUAGGAUCAACUCCUACUGACGAGGUUGCUCUGAUUCCGUCUGGGAGGUUAUUUCUUGCAAGAUCGCCGCAAUCACCAAAAGGAGAGUUGGAAUGCUUAUACAAUGAUGCAUUUGCUUCAAUUAGACAGACAACCUCACCAUUUUACUAUCAGUUAUGUAUAACGAGAGUUUAUCAAGAGGGAGAGUUAGAUGCACAUGGAUCGAGUGGAUUUGAUGAUUCAGAUGACUCAGAUGAAGAUGAUCACGAUACGCCCCAUUCGAUUAGCGAUGCUAAUGCAGGGGGACACUCGAAAGAUGAAUGGAGUUUCCCUAUUCUGGAAGAAUUGAAAAUUCACACUUAUGACAAAGCAGAUGGAAGUAAGACCUUGGCAUGGAAGGAUUUGAACGGGGAUUUGGGAGAUAAAUUCGAAUUCACGGUGGACACCGACAUCAAGAUAACUGAGUUCGAUUCGUUUAUGUUUGCAUUGUUCAAGUGUUUAUUUGAACUGAAAUACCACAAGAGCUCUUUAGGUAUCACCAAUAUGAACCAAUUGCAGGAGUUUAUUUACAACCCGAAAUCCGAAUUAUUGACAUUUGAAGACCUUAGAGGCGACUUCCUGAACUAUGAGGACGACGAAGGGUCAGAGGAUGUUGACUCGGGGGAUGAUUACCAGUCUGUGUCAUCUGUAGAUGAAUUCCAUGAUGCUGAAUCCCGUUCGACACCAAGCGCAACAAAUAAAUCGCGAGCAACAUCCGAAAAAUCUCCUACUAAGUCAACUAAUGCUAUUCCAUCUGAAUUUUCUUCGAAAAAAGAACCUUUGAAUAAAGGAGAUGUACUCUAUGAAUGUUCAAACUUCGAUUUACAUUUGUUUGAUUCUGAUGCAGGAGUGUUUAACCUUCAAGUACCAAAGCCUGAAAUGAUCCUCAAAAUAAUUGAGUUGGAAAACUGGACAUAUUCAUUGCGUUUAUCAAGUAAUCAUAAGUCGAAAAAAAUCGAUUUUGAAUGUAUUCUCAGUGCUGAUAUGAAUCCCACUUUCAAUUUUGAAUACCUAUCAUUCAUAUUCAAUCACUUUGUUAAGAAAUCAGAAACUCAAACAUUGGCAUAUUCCUGGUUAUUGAAGUUUUCUCAUUUCAACGAACUACAAGAGUUUCAAGUCAAUUUCAUGAAGGGCAUGUGGGAAUCUUUAAAUAAAACUAAAUGGAAUAAGAGUCGUCCUUCAGAACAAAGUUAUGUUCUCGAUGCAUUCUCAAAACUUGCUAUCGAUGAUGAAGAUCUUACAGAAGAGGAUAAAAAGGAGAUUAAUCAAAUGAGUGAUGACGAUAUGCUAAUUGACAAUUACAGCGAUGAUGAAGAUGCUAUCAACAAAUUGGUUAACAAGAGUAUACGUGGUGAGACAAAGCCUCAUCAGAAAUAUGACGCUGAAGAAGAUGACUUUGGUGAUUAUGAUGAAGAAAAUCAAUUAGAUGCUUUCAAGCGUGAACAAGAUAAAAAUUCGAAUUUAUCGGUCGGAUAUGCAAAUGAUAGAUCAUACGUCGUAAGAGGUGAUAAAUUGGGAGUUUUCAAUAAUAAUAAUAACAAUUUGAAUUAUCAAACCACCAUUUCGAAUUUGAAAACUUUGGAUGGCAAAAGAUUUACACCUGAACAAGUAAUGCUACAUAUGCAAGAUCAACAUAUGAUCAUGGCUAACAAGAAUAUGGAUAACAAGCGACUCUACAAAAUGGAUUUAAACAGAGGAAAAAUUGUUGAUGAGUGGGAAGUGGAUGAUAUCAUACCUAUUGAAUCGUAUGGUCCAAACAGCAAAUUCUCUCAGUUGACUGACGAACAAACAUUGACCGGUAUGUCAAAGAAUAAGUUAUUCAAAGUAGAUCCAAGAUUACCAACUACCAAAUUAGUUCAAGGAGGUGAUAACUUAAGAACACCUAAUUAUAAUUUUCUGGCACUCUCUACUACUGAACAAGGUUACCUUGCAGUCGGUUCAGCAAAGGGUGAUAUUAGAUUGUUUGAUAGAUUGGGUACAAAUGCUAAGAGUUUAUUGCCAUCUUUGGGUGAACCUAUCAUAGGAAUCGAUGUUUCAAAUGAUGGAAGAUGGGUUUUGGCUACUUGUAAAACAUAUUUAUUAUUGGUUGACGCCAAGGUUGGAGCUAACCAGAGAAACGAAGGAAGCCUAGGAUACGUUAAGUCUUUCGACAAGGAUAAGAAACCUAAACCAAGAAGAUUAACUAUUAAACCUGAGCAUGUUGCAUAUAUGUCCAUGAAAACCGAGGGCAAACCAUUACAAUUCACCAAAGCAUACUUUAAUACCGGUAUUGAUUCAAAAGAAACUACAAUUGUCACAUCCACUGGUCCAUAUAUUAUUUCGUGGUCAUUGAAGAAGGUCUUGAGUAACAACUCCAGUAAGGAAGAUCAACCAUAUUUGAUCAAACGAUAUGAUCAAAACGUCAUUGCCGAUAAUUUCAAAUUUAGUUCAAAUUCAGAUGUUAUUAUUGCGUUACAAGAUGAUGUGUCGAUGGCGAAUAAGAAGAACUUCCGUAAAGCUAAUAAAAGCUCCUUAUUCUCCAGAGAUAAUAUUGUCAAUAACUAUUAG